AUGGAGAAACGUGUCAGAAUAUGGACGCUUGGAUCCCUUGCGGGUGUCUUCAGCACUGCCAGCAGCAUUGUGAACCUCAUUGUCGCUCUCAACAUCACCGUGCUGCCGGCUUUACGAAUCCUAUUGUUUGUCAGUUUCGGUAUUAGCCUGCUGAAUCUGGCAAACCUUGCCUAUUUCGCAACAUUCUAUGUCAGGGUCCUGAACAGCCAUCCAGUUUUCUCGAAGGCGAAAACAUGGAGUUGCCUCACCGCCGGCACAAUUGCUGCUGCAGUCAGCGUGGCCGUCCCCGGUGCAGCAUUGGUCUGGCUGGCCUUGAGGCAUAGCGAUCUUCCGCAGAAGAUUCUAGAUGCGGCUCCGUUCACACUGCUCGGAAUCAGCCUAGGGACUUGGGCGGCUUCAGCUCUUUCGCAGCUUAUUCUCUACUGUAUGUUUUGGUUGUGGACCAAGAGCGCGCUUAAGACACGACGGAAAAGCAGAUUGGACAUGGAUUUCGGUAUCAGAGCAACAUCCGUGUCGAUGAUCAGAAGACCCAGUACUCAGCAUACGAGUGUAUCUUUCGGCUCGCAAGAUCCCACGGUGAACUCACCACCGAGAACUCCGAUCUCAAAAGCAACGUCCAGUCUACAAGGAUCUUCCUCGACGAAAGUCGGGCCUGGGUCAUCCCGAACCAAGCUUAUUCGACAUUCUAAUCACUCAUCAUUCGAAGGUAGACCUUUCCCUGCGGGAGAGGCCAUGAGCAUCGAUAGUGCAUUCGGCAAUUGGGACACCUCUUCUGCUCAUCACGAGAUGCGGGCUGUCAUACCCUCGUCCCCCCCUGUCGCUCGGACAGGGCUAGAGACAAUACCGGGUAGCAGGUCGGAGUCCCCGGCCAAUGGCUUGGACGGGCCAUUCGUUCCAGAAACUCCCGUGUCAAGCUCGCCACAUGCAACAACGUCUGACUCGGUGACCAUGAUCGGCUGGAGCUCUUCUCCAAGAGAGCCCAAAUCAUCCCCACCAUCGAGUCCCCCAAAUUUCUCCCGACCAACAUCUUCACCGUACCGCAAACCUCCUCCGAGUUUCGAACGGUUCGAUCCUGCCAUGCAUGAGCUGGUCCAUCCGUUGUUCCGACCAAAUAGCCCUCGGCCGCCUCCUGUCCCCCUUGGAGGGACAGCAAUCACCGUGUCGCCGUUGGCAGAUCAUUUGAUCUCUCCCAGCACGCUGACGGUGCAUCGCAAAGCAAUGCCCAGUAUUGCCGGAUCGGAGACACAGAGUGUGGAUGACUCCGUACCGGACAGUCCCACUCUCGGCAGUCCUUCUCUUGGAAGUCCUGGGCCGUCGAUUGUUGAUGAUGAUGAGCUACCUCCUAUACUCCCUGGGUUUGUGCUAUCGGCCGGGUCGCGCACUAGUCUGGUGGGAUACGGGAAACGAAAAGGAUUCAGACAAGAUCGCCCCAAGUCCCAUUUAUCGAGUGGAAAUCGCUUGAGUGGGCAUUUGAUCUGA